UUCUAUGAUAAGACUGCUUGUAAUCUAACGUGUAUCCAAUUUUGAUUAACACUUGAUUCACCUUUUCAACUUUUGUUAGAUUUCAGGGAAAUGGCUUGCAUGUGAUGGACGCAAAGACAAAUAGUUCUGUGAUAUUUGUUUUCAUUAUUCUAGAAGGCCAGGAUAUAUUAGUGACUUCCUAACUGAAAAGAUACAGUUUCUAGAAGCGGAGUUGGCAAGAAGUCAUCCGGUCAACAACAACACAAGAUUACAACAUUGACGCCAAAGUAUAAUAUUAAGGAAGUGUCGCUAUGGGUGAUCCCCAGGACAUCCGGUUAACCAACAUUGACGGCGCUGAAAAGACGACGCAGAAUGGCUCGGCAAUGGUCCAGAAUGGCGCACAUCCGGUAACGAAUGGGGCGGAAUUUGAGAAACAGUCUGGUGAACGAGGAAAACUCUCACGUGCCAAAGACAGCUGUGUCACGUGCAUGCAGCCAUGCCUCGUGCGAUUUAACCCACUUCCGGAAGACGCAAACAUCUUUGAGCGGUUCACGCACGCACUGCGCAUGCCUCCACAUGGACGGUUGGCUACCUACAUCCAGUUUGUAACUGUGUGUGUGUGUCUAUGGGUGGUUCUCUACUGCCUUACCCCCAGCGAGGCGCUCCCGGGAGGAAACCUGUACUCCCUCCUUGCAUUGUUUGUAUGCUGCGCCGUCGGCGGCUACCUCAUCUCCUUCCUGCAUCUCCCGCCACUGUUAGGCAUGCUGUUGGUUGGUGUUUUGUUGCGGAACGUCCCGGGGGUCAAGUUUGUCGGAGAGAGCAUCGACCCGAAGUGGGGAAGCACUCUCAGAAAAGUUGCAUUGACGGUGAUCUUGACGCGGGCUGGUCUUGGACUUGACGUCGUUAAACUCCGGAAGUUGUCCUUCGCAGUCAUCCGUCUCGCCUUCCUGCCUUGCACGGCGGAGAUCCUUACCGCUAGUGUCGUCUCCAAAUUCCUGUUGGACCUCCCAUGGCCAUGGGCGCUUAUGCUCGGGUGCAUCUUGGGAGCGCUGUCCCCGGCGGUGACUGUUCCGGCCUUGGUAUCGCUACAAGACCGGAAGUAUGGGGUAGCCAAGGGGAUUCCUACCAUGCUACUAGCGGCGGGUGGCCUCGAUAACGUCCUCUGUGUAACGGGCUUCUCGGUGUUCAUGGGCAUCGUCUUCUCCGAGGGCGAGCUGGCUGUAACCAUCAUCAAAGGUCCGAUCGGAGUGCUUGUUGGUAUCGCAUAUGGCUUUCUGGCUGGAUUCUUCCUGUGGUUUAUCCCUGCCAAGGACUCCGCGAACCCCGUGUUUUACCGCUACCUGUUGCUUCUGAGUGCCGGCCUCAUCGCUAUCUUCGGGAGCUCUCGUGUAGGCCUCUCUGGCGCCGGCCCUCUCGGCUGUCUUACCACCGCAACCGUUGCCGCCUACAAGUGGCGCCAGCGACGUCAACCCGGGGAAACGGACGAGGUUGCCGGUGUUAUGGCUCUCACGUGGCUGAUCAUGCAGCAUUUCCUGUUUGGACUCAUAGGCGCCGCAGUCGACAUCUCCCACAUCCAAUCACAAACAGCAGGUCUUGGUAUAGCGACCCUAGCUAUCGGUCUGGUGAUGCGCAGCCUCGUUUCCAGUACCGUUACCAUGGGGACCGGUUUCAACCGGAAAGAGCGUGUGUUCGUCACGCUAACUUGGCUCGCUAAGGCGACAGUGCAGGCAGCUAUCGGCGGCCUUGCACUUGACCGAGUAAUGGAGGAUGCGGAGCCCUCUGUGGACAACAUCCGGUACGCUACAGACAUCUUAACCAUUUCCGUCCUCGCCAUCGUCAUCUGCGCGCCUAUAGGAGCCACUCUUAUUUCUGUCCUCGGACCAAAAUUCCUUUUUCAAGGAGACGAGCCCAUGGCCGACCCGGGGCCGAUGGUUUUAGCACAAGGUGAGUACGAGGAAGAAGAGGAAUUGGCGGUUGUGACUGAAAAGCCGAGCAAGGGAGAUAAAUCAUCCAUACCAGAGACACCUGAAGUCGCCGAGUUCACCCCAGAUAAAAGGUCACUACACGGAUCACGCGGCUCCCUCGACGAUGAGGUGUUCCGUUCGGAGCUGUCCCUUGUCCUCCGGAAGCGUUCGGAGGUGGCGGAAAACCUCGGCAUAGACAAUCCUGCGUUCGGGCACAAGACGCGCGCAAGCUCUGGCGACGUCAGCAAUGAAAUCCUUGACGUCAUAUACGAUGAAGUAGCGGAUAGCACUCGAAAAGAUUCUGACAUUGGAACGGAUGUAGAUAAUGUUUUUAUUGAUUCGCAAACGGAGCAACCAUCUGAUAAUGAGGCUGACAAUAAAAACGUUGAUAUUGAAAACGCGGAACCCGAAAAUGACAACACACAAGCGGUGGGACAGUUUAAAACAGUCAUUGAAGUGAAAGACAAACCAGCGUCACCAAAAAUUUAAAAAAAUCGAGAGGAUCUGAAAUUGAUCAUACUUACCAAAAAGACAUUCUUCCUUCUUAAGAACAUGUUCUUCUUUAGUUUCGUUCCUUAAAAGAAGAAGAACUUCUAACAUAAUUUUACAGAGGGUUACAAAAGUCAUGGUUCCUCAGGGAGAGAGUAUGGGCCUUGCAUUUAUUUCUUAUUGCUUUCGUUCAUUUUCGUAAAAGUAUAUAUAUACCCAUAGUACCUAUACCGGAUGGGUGUUCACGAGUUACUGAUAUACUUUGUCCUGUCAUAAUGUCUGUCAAAUUUUGUUUGUUUAUGAUAAUGCGAUGUUUGUUCAUUAUUUACAUUUAUUUUCUUGUUCAUUGAUGUUUUAAAAAAAUGCAUGUACAUAAUCGGGUUUUAUUCUAAAUCCGCUAUGUAAAUGCUAGAAUACUUUGUAAGUACUGAACUGUU